AUGGCGUGGUCAUCAUGGACUGGUGGCUGCAAAGAGUGCGGACAGAACCGGGAAAGAGUUGGUCCUCCUAAAACAACUCUCGGUUCUACAAUUCAAAUGAGUUUGUAUGUGAGGGAUUUUCCUCAGCCAGGGUUAAAUUGGACAAAGAAUGGAAAGUUACUUGGUAACAAAAACAUGCCCACCUUUACCGAAAAAUCGGGUCCUCCUGAAAUUAAUCCUCAUCUCACGAACCGGUCGCUUUCGUAUAAUUCAUCCCUUCAGUUCGAUUGCUUGCUGAGAGGUUUCCCAAUACAGGUACUCUGGACUAAAGAUGGGGUGAAUAUCGGCAACAAGAGCACUUUCACGAUUCGUCAAGCGAGGCUGGAGGACUCAGGCCAAUACACAUGCAGCGCCACAAACAGCUUAGGAAACAAGACAUCAACUCACUGGAUUGAAGUUAUCGGAGUCUCUCCUCAGAUCAUUGCACCUCCAAUAGACCAAGCUGUUACCGAAGAAUACCCUGUCAACUUUAGUUGCGUAGCCUCAGGUAUACCAACACCAACAUUUGUCUGGGAUUUUAAUAAUGGUGACCUACCAUCUGGUAUCCAUCAGACUGAUCAAGAAGGAGAGUCAUUGUUGGAAUUGCCAAAUGUUACAAAAGAGAUGAAUGGAACUUACAAGUGUACAGCAAAAAACAAAGAAAGUACAACAAGUUCCUUUGCAACACUGCUUGUUUAUGGAAAAGCCUCUGCUCAAGUUGUUCCAGAGACACAUCUGACACUCAAAAGGGGAGAAAUGGAGAAUCAUUACAAGAACGAGCAGUUAUAG